AAAGUGCUUGCUUCAUUUUAUGUUGUCUUGGUGAUUUUAUAUGGCCUGACAUGCACUUACAGUUUGUUAUGGAUGCUGAGAAGUUCACUUAAACAAUAUUCUUUUGAGGAGCUGAGGGAGCAGAGUAAUUACAGUGAUAUCCCUGAUGUAAAAAAUGACUUUGCCUUUAUUCUUCACCUGGCAGACCAGUACGAUCCUCUGUAUUCAAAGCGGUUCUCAAUAUUUCUCUCUGAGGUGAGUGAAAAUAAGCUGAAGCAAAUUAGUCUCAAUAACGAGUGGUCUCUAGAGAGACUGAAGAGCAAGCUGGUACGAAACCCUCAAGACAAAAUGGAACUUCAUCUUUUUAUGCUUAGUGGUCUUCCAGAUGAUGUCUUUGAACUCACAGAGAUAGAGGUUCUGACUCUAGAGCUUAUUCCUGAGGUUAAACUUCCACCGUCUCUAAACCAGCUAUCCAAUCUGAAAGAACUAAACAUUUAUCAUUCAUCGUUAACUGUAGAAUAUCCAGCACUGCACUUCCUCGAAGAUAAUCUAAAAAUUCUGCGUCUAAAAUCUGUUGAUAUGGGAAAGAUUCCACGCUGGGUAUUCUAUCUUAAAAAUUUACAGGAACUGUACUUGACUGGAUGUUAUGUGCCAGAACCCCAGAAUGGCUUCUGCAAUGAGGGUUUUCAAGACCUUGUAAAUCUGAAAGCAAUUCAUUUAAAGAACAGCCUUUCCCGCAUUCCUCAGGUGGUUACAGACCAAUUGCCUUCACUGCAGAAAUUAUCUAUUGACAAUGAGGGGAGAAAACUGUUAGUGUUGACCAACUUGAAGAAGCUCUUAAACCUGAGAAUCCUAGAACUGAUCAGCUGUGAUUUGGAGCGCAUUCCUCAUUCUAUUUUCAGCCUAAACUAUUUGCGUGAAAUAGAUUUGAAAGAAAACAAUCUCCGAACAGUAGAAGAAAUUAUUAGCUUUCAGCACCUUGAAAAUCUUUCUUGCCUGAAGUUGUGGCACAACAAAAUAUCUUACAUCCCUGUGCAGAUUGGUACCUUAGCAAACUUGGAACAGCUCUAUUUAAAUCACAAUAACAUUAAAAAAAUCCCACCGCAACUCUUUCUUUGCAUAAAGCUACAUCAUCUGGAUCUGAGUUACAAUAAGCUAACCUCUGUUCCUGAUGAAAUCCAAUAUUUAGCAAAUUUGCAGUACUUUGCUGUGACAAAGAAUCAUAUUGAAGAACUUCCUGACGAAUUAUUCCAGUGCAAAAAGCUACAGUACCUUCUUCUGGGACAUAACAGCCUAAUGCAUUUGUCCCCUCGAGUUGGUGAGCUUUCCAGCCUUGUUCAGCUGGAGCUCAAAGGAAACUAUCUGGAGUUACUUCCUGCUGAGCUAGAGGAAUGCAAUUCUCUGAAACGGAGUUGUCUAAUUGUAGAAGAAUGCUUGUUAAAAACACUCCCCCUUCGAGUAUCAGAGCAUGUACAGAUAUGCUUGGACAAAGUUUGAGUUUGAGAAAAGUGUGCAUGUGGACAAAAAUCAUGGUUCAAAGGAUACACGAAAGAAGAGAAACACAGGUCUGCCCAUUGACUUCAGUUUCCUAAUUAUAAAUCGACAUUAAAAUCCUAAGCAGAAA